CAGGGACAGGUUUCUCCAGAUUCUCACAAUUUUCUUUUUUUGUUGUUGCAAUUUAAUGCUAUAUUGCGCCUAGAUUGUUGCCCAAGAAGUCCCCUGUAAAAUGAUGACAUGUUGUCGUUGCACUAUUUUUAACUGUAUAUUGAUUUCAAAAGGUUUGCAAACUAAACUCUGUUUUGAUUUUAUUUGACAUAGAGUAGAAUUGGAGUUGGGUGUUGAUUCAAAUUUUAGGAUUCCUCAUCAUACUUCAGUGGUUGAUUAAUACCUUUUAAUUUCUCAUUAUCCUCAACAACACUGCGUCCUUUUACUAAUUACCAAACACCUUAAACCUGCUGAUACAAAACUGUAGCUUCAAAUUCAAGAUAAAUGGGAGCAUUGCUAAUUUUCAGCCCUUCUACAAACGGACUUUGGUAAAACCAGCAGUUUGACAUUUUCAUUUUAAGGGCAGGUAAACCUAACCCAGGGUCAACACAACUUUUUUUUUGAACACGACUGACCAAACACACGUUUGUUAUCAGCCCAGAUUGCGUCUCUCACUUGUUUGAGAAGAGCUCAGUAAUACACAGCCUGCGUGCUGAUUUAUUUAUUUUUUUAAUCUCAAAUGUGGUUUUUUUGUUUUAAAGACCCAAUCUCAAUUCCAGAAACAUUAAAUACAUUACAGAAAUGUUCAGUGUCAUCCCACUUGAUGAGGCCUGACCACAGCUGUAGGUAUACUUUUGUUUAACAGCUGCUGAGGUGUCAUUGGCUGAAGUUUAAGCUCAUCGGGUCUGACUGGGAAUGGCCAACAAAAGGGGAGGGAAUGAAAUGGAGGUCAACAUACACCCUGUCUUAUAAAAGUAGGUGCACUCUGUAAACUUCCCUGCAGCACCUCGUGAACUGUACAGAUCACUCGUUGUUGUGGAACCAUGGUGAUGAAGUGUUCUGCCCUGUGCCUUGUGGCACUGGCCUUGCUUUGCACCUUCUGUGAUGCUCAGUGGGGCUCCUCACACAAGCCCUCACCACCUAGAUACCAAAAACCAGCACCACCCCCUGUGAGACAGGAGCCCAGCAAACAGGCACCUCAACAGCCCCAACAAUCGAAGCAGGAUUUCGAGAUGCCACUCACUUGGACAUAUCCUGAAGAUCCCAAACCUGAGCCCCAACCUGAGGUCCCCUUUGAGCUGAGACAUCCUGUUCCUGCUGCAACUGUUGCAGUGGAGUGCAGAGAGAGAGAUGCUCAUGUGGAAGUCAAGAAGGACAUGUUUGGGAUUGGACAGUUCAUCAAUCCUGCUGACCUUACCCUGGGAACCUGCGGUGCUACAGCAGAAGACAAUGCUGCCCAAGUGCUGAUUUUUGAAUCUGAAUUGCAUGACUGUGGCAGCUCAUUAGCGGUAAGCACAUAAAGAUACCCAAAAUAAAUAAAAAAAUGAUUUGGCAUUUAAACUUAGUAACUUAAGUUUUUGUGUAGUGGAAUUAGUUUAAAGUAGUUCAAAUUUAUUUCUUUGCUAGAUGACAGAGGAAGCCCUCAUCUACACUUUUGUUCUGAACUAUGUGCCCCAACCUCUUGCGGGAUCUCAAGUGGUGAGAACCAGCAAAGCUGCUGUAAUUGUGGAGUGUCACUACCCAAGGUAGGCAAACUGACUGAUAGAGGUGUGGAGGAGUGUUUUGCAGACAUAUAACCCACAUAUAUAACUACUGGUUCAAGAAAAUCCAACAUAGUGAAGAUGACUGGGAAUUAAUUUAAUUUUCUGUAUUCUGAGUUAACCUCUUUAAUCCUACAGGAAGCACAAUGUAAGCAGCCUUCCUCUGGACCCUUUGUGGAUCCCAUUCUCUGCAGUCAAGGUAGCAGAGGAGUUCCUAUACUUCACUCUGAAACUCAUGACUGGUGAGUUGAAAAAAAAAAAAAAAAUUAUCUACAACUAAUUUUGUGAAAGUGUAAUUGCAUGAAACUCAGUAAAGAAAAAAUGCAAACCACAACUUUCCCUCAAAAAACAAGCAUUCUGUAGUUUUUGUAGAAUUAAAAACAUCAUGUGUUGGCUAGUUUCGAAACUCAUUUUACCCUGAAAAAGGACAUGCAAUUACCUGUUAAAGGUGGGGUAGGCAGGAUUAGAGGAAGUGCCAGUUUUUGGGCGGAAUCUUGAAUGUAACCUCUACCCCUCCCAACCAGUUUUCCCCUCAGCUCCUCCUCUCCCCUCCUGCUCUGCUCCAGCAAGCCCCGCCCACAAACAGACGCUCACGCUUGCUCUUAUCGUUUAUCGUUAUGUUUCAUUUAUAGAUGCCAACAGACUACCAGCAAACACAAUGUUUGCAGGACUAAUGCAACUAGGAUAAAGUGAUAUAAUCCAGGAACUGAGCUAACCAGUUUAGCGGCGCAGAACAUACCGCAGGUCCCGUUUGACAAGAAACACUAUUGUUACAGACACUUUGCUUACUUUGUUAACCCUUUCAAUGCCUUUGGUAUCAAAUUUGAUACAUACUUUUAUAUAUUACUAUCAAAUCAAUAUGAUCAACAAAUUACUAAAAAAAACACCUGAAUACAGUCCGAUAAAUGAUAAAAAUGUCCUCUUGUAGUUUAUCAGUUUCCAAAAACAUCUAAUGUAUCAAAUGAGAUAAAUAAAUAUAUAUUUGUUAAAUUUUAAGGACAUUUUGAUUUUUUUGGUUUUCAGUAGUAAGUGAAAUAAACAUUUCAGCUCCCAAAAAAAUAAAAAUUUUCUGGCCAUAAUAUGGGUGUCAGGCAUUAAAGGGCUACAGCAGUGUAUCUGUCCAGCAGAAAGGUUACAGGGUCCGUAAGAUCCUGAAGUGUUCCAAAUCGUUUUAUGUUUACCUGGCUUUUUAUGUAGCUCUUGUCCGGUCUCUGGUAUUCACUUCGUUUUCUUGCUUGUGUUGGCAGUCGUGGCUAAAGGAGGAUUCAGACAAUUUCCCGUACUUCCUGGUGGAUUUCUACUGUCCGAUAUUGUAGCAUGCUAACUUUAUAUGGGCUCGUGAAUGUUAUGCAAGGACGUGGGGCGUGCCUCACAAUACAAGAGAGCAGUGUCUGCCUCACAACCAGACGGAGAAUGGUUUUGUUUACAGUCAGAAAGAGAGGAGGGCUCAAAAAAUUUAAAAUGUUGACUACACUGGCAUAACAAAACACAGCGAUGUCGUUAUGUACCCAAAUGUCAUCAAUAACUAAUAGCUAUUGACAGAUAUUAAAGGCUUUUUUGUAUAUACACCACAAAAAAAGAUGCUUCUUCAAUGGAAUCCUGCCUACCUCAGGCAAUACACAAGCAACAGCAAAGUACCCAAGGAGUUUCUAUAUGACAAAGACCCUGCAGCACUUCCGCUUCUUUGUCUUCAUGGUUUUCUUCAUGAUCAAACAUUUAUGGAGCUGUGAUCUAAUGCCAUUAUCUCAUUACACAGAUGACUGGCAAUUCGAGAGGCCAAGCUACCAGUAUUUCCUGGGUGACAUGAUUAAUAUUGAGGCAACUGUCAAGCAGUACUUCCAUGUGCCUCUGCGUGUUUAUGUGGACAGCUGUGUCGCUACUCUUGCCCCAGACAUGAACUCCAACCCCAGAUACGCCUUCAUCGAGAACCAAGGGUAAAGAAGCGUAAUGACUUGAUUGAGAUUAUUCUGUUUCUCUAGAAUAGCUGGACACGAAUACAUUAAGUCUUCUGUUUGUCUCUCUGACGUUAUUUGUGUGUUUUCUUGCUUAUAGAUGCUUUAUAGAUGCUAGGAUCACAGGCUCUGACUCUAAGUUCAUGGCUCGUACUGCAGAAAACAAGCUCCAGUUCCAGUUGGAAGCAUUCAGGUUCCAGGGCUCUGACAGUGGACUGGUGAGUAUCUCAAGUCAUGAUUUAAUAUCUUCAUUUUUGUGUUUGAUACAUUGAUAUAGAACCCUAUUAUUUCCACAGCUCUACAUUACCUGCCACUUAAGAGCUACAUCUGCUGCUCAUCCCAUUGAUAGUGGACACAGAGCUUGCUCCCCUAUAGGAGGGUGAGUGUGCAUGAGAGCAUAAUCGUUGUAAGAAGUCUGUGACUGAAGAAAUAAGCCUGUUAUUCUCUCUGUAAUAUCCAGAUGGAAAGAGGCCAGCGGCGUUCAUGCAGCUUGUGGCUCCUGUGACUCAGGUUCACUUGAAGCACCUGGUGCCAACACCGGUGCAGGCGGUUCCUGGGGUUCCAGCGGCACAGUAACUAGUGUUUCCUCUCCUGGUAGGAAGAUCCGGGAGGCCUCCGAGAGUGAAGGUAUUUACAACCCCCUGUCUUGAUAGUUUAAUCAUGUUUAAAUCAACCACUUUGAUGCACAUUGUGGACAUGCGUUCCUCUCUUUCCUCUUAAGUUUUCGAAUGGGAAGGUGAUGUCACCCUGGGUCCCAUCCCCAUCGAAGAGAAGGUGAUUGCUUAACUCAAUUUCCUGCCGUGGCUAUGAUUCCCAAAAUAAACCUUUUGAAUUGGUUCAUACUCAUCUGUAUGUUUGUUGUCUCUUUUUCUUAGCUUAGCUUAAACCAGAAAGGUAACCGCAUUAACUCAAAACAUGUCAUCAAAAUUUGACCUACAAAAAGGGAAACAUGUUAGAUUUUAAAAGUGCUAAAGAUCAUAAUGUAACUCUUUUAAAAAAAAACUUUGGCUGUUGUGUGAUGAUGAAUGGAUGAUGUAAAUCUUUCUGUUUUAUGGAAAUAAAUAUGCAAAUUAUUAAAACUUGUCAUUUACUGGAUAGAACUUUUGCAGAAGAUGAUUUAAAAAAUACAAGGAAUUUUCAGUUUGUUGGCUAUUAUGUCAGAGAAGAGAUGACUUGAUAAAGAGGAAAUAAAAUGGUAAAAAAAAAAAAGUGGAGAAACUAGGUUUAGGGACUUCCUCUCUUAACUGUUUG